AUGCAGCAGUUCGCCACUAAAUUCGCACUUUCGCUUGCAGUGCUGAUUGCCUUCAGCCAGGCCACACCGCUAAAUCAGGAGACUGGAACUAUUGAAUUCGACUGGCGUGGCAACCUACAGGAAAAUGCCAAUUACUAUGUCAGCCAAAAUCAGGUUUCCUGGUUUUCUGCCAAUUACUUCUGCUAUUCGAACGGCUGGGAUCUGGUAUCGCCUAGCAACUUUUCAGCAGAAAUUGAAUUGAAAGGAUUUGUGGAAUUGUUUGGUCUCACCAAAUACAACUACUGGGCUGCUGGCAAUCGCUUGGCCGAUCAAGAAACUUGGACCUGGGGCGUUGGUGGCGAGAAAUUCUCUCUUACUAACUGGGCUACCAAUCAACCAACAGCUAGCGGCAAUAACUGCUUGUUGCUACAAACUAACACCACCGAUAUUUUGUGGGCCAAUCAGGAUUGUACUUCCCAGUACAACUUUAUCUGCCAAAAGUAGGGAACAAUGGAUUUGAAAUAUGUAAAUCUAAAAUAAACUAAAGAGAUUAUACCAAAG